AUGGAUGUGGAAGAACUGAUCGGGCGGUUGACGCUCGAUGAGAAAGUCGCUUUACUAUCAGGCACGGGAUGGUGGCACACGACCGCCAUUGAGCGCCUAUCAAUACCUUCAAUUCGUCUAUCCGAUGGCCCAAACGGCCUGCGGGGAACACAUUUCUUCGACAGCACUCCCUCGGCAUGUCUCCCGUGCGGGACUGCCCUGGGAGCGACGUUUGACACUGAGCUCGCCGAGCGCAUCGGCCGCCUGCUGUCGGAUGAAGCGCACGCAAAGGGCGCCCACGUCGUUCUCGGCCCCACCAUCAACAUCCAGCGAAGCCCUCUCGGCGGACGCGGAUUCGAGUCCUUCUCGGAAGAUUCGGUCGUCUCGGGAGUCAUCGCCGGGCAUGUCGUGCGGGGGAUACAGGAGUCGGGCGUCAGCGCGACACUGAAGCAUUUCGUGUGCAACGACAUGGAGAGCGAGAGGAUGGCCGUGGAUUCGCUGGUGACGGCCCGCGCUUUACGAGAGAUCUACCUGCUGCCAUUCAUGUUAGCCAUCGAGAUAGGCAAGCCCAGGGCUGUCAUGACCUCCUACGGCAAGGUCAACGGCACGCAUGCGGCGGAGAACUCGCAUUUGCUGGCGGAUAUCCUGCGCGGCGAGUGGAAGUGGGACGGCCUUGUGAUGAGCGACUGGUUCGGAACAUACAGCACUUCGGAGGCCAUCAACAGCGGCUUGGACCUCGAGAUGCCGGGCCCUACACGGUGGAGAGGCGAGGCCCUCAAGCACGCUAUCACAUCCAACAAAGUCAAGGCAUUUGCACUGGACGAACGAGUACGGAAUGUCUUGAAGAUGGUGAAGCAUGGCAUCGAGAAUACGUCUAUACCUCCCAACGCACCCGAGGCGCAGCUGAACACCCCAGAACAUAUCGCACUGCUGAGGGAAGCCGCCGCCAAGUCUCUUGUCCUCCUCAAGAACGAGGGCAAUGUUCUACCCUUCGACCCUAAGAAGACAAUGGCUGUUAUUGGUCCGAACGCCAAUAUCGCUACGUACUGUGGUGGAGGCAGCGCCAGUCUGCGCGCCUAUAAUACCGUUUCACCUCUGGAGGGCAUUCGGCAGUAUGCCAGCGACGCCGUUUUCUCUCAGGGUGCUUAUGGCCACCAGAUGCUCCCACUGCUAGGGUCGCAGCUGCAAACUGUGGACGGCAAGCGCAAAGGGUUCACCCUUCGCGUCUACAAUGACCCUCCGCCCAGCGAGGGUGCUGCCGACGCUCGGCAAAUCAUUGACGAGAGGGUGCUGGACGAGACAAACCCUUGGUUUGUAGACUACGAUAACCCCGAGAAAGCCGAGGUCUGGUACGCUGAAGCUGAGGGUAUCCUGACGCCAGCGAGUGGUGGAGAGUGGGAAUUUGGGCUGGCAGUACACGGCACGGGAGAGCUGUUCAUCGACGGCGAACUUAUCGUCGCAAACAAAAAGAAUCAGAAGCCCGGAACCUGCUUCUUGGGAUCGGGUACGGUAGAGGAGAAGGGCACAAAGGUCCUUGAGGCCGGACGAGAGUACCGCAUCGUGGUCAAGUGGGGAUGCUCCGAGACCAGCGACCUCAAGGUGUCAGGAGGUGUCGAUUUCGGACAAGGCGGUCUCCGAUUCAGUGGGUGCCCGAAGCUCGAUGCCGACGCCGCAGUCGAAGAAGCAGUAAAGGUCGCCAAGUCGGCCGACCAGGUCGUGUUGUGCAUCGGUACUAGCGGAGAGUGGGAGUCAGAAGGGCAGGACCGUCCCAAUAUGGCUCUGCCACCAGGAACCGACAGACUGGUUGCGGCUAUUCUCGAUGCGAACCCCAAGACUGCUGUCGUCGUCCAAAGUGGAACUUCGGUUGCCAUGCCGUGGAUUGAUCAGGCUCACAGCGUGGUACAAGCUUGGUUUGGCGGCAAUGAGUGCGGCAAUGGCAUCGCCGACGUUGUCUUCGGCGCUGUCAACCCCGCCGGCAAACUACCUAUCACCAUCCCCCGCCGCGUCGCCGACAACCCUGCCGCACUCAGCUUCCGCUCUGAAAGCCACAGGGUUCUAUACAGCGAAGACGUUUACAUAGGGUACCGGUGGUACGAUGCGCUUGAUAUCGAACCCUUGUUCCCCUUCGGCCACGGUCUGUCUUACACCACCUUUGACCUGUCUGACAUGGAACUGCUCUGUGGCAAAGAAAAAAGCAACGCACGCAAGUCAGCAGCUACAGACAAGAACAGAACUUUAGUCAUUGGCGGUGCAGAGGAGCUCCUGGUCAAUGUCCAGAUCACGAACACUGGCUCUCGCUCGGGUGCCGAGGUCAUCCAGGCUUACGUGAGGCCUCCAGCGCCGACGCCCUUGACGGCCUUGGCCCGGGACGUCAUCACCCGCCCGGCCAAGGAGCUCAAGGGCUUUGCUAAGGUUUCUGUCGGCCCAGGAUCUAACAGCACGGCUCAGAUCAAAUUGGAUGUCUUGCGGGCAACGAGCUAUUGGAGUGAGACGGAAGACUGCUGGCGCAGUGAUGCAGGGGUCUACUCCAUUCUUGUCGGCACGAGCAGCAGAGGUGAUUUCCUCGAGCAGGAGUUCGAGCUUCCCGUUACUAGGAGGUGGCGGGGAUUACGACCACAUAUGGAAGAGUAG